AUGGGCAUCGAAAGCAAGCACGAAGUUACUAUUCUUAGUGGCUUAAACGAAUUCGCUGUGAAGUUUUACGGGCCAAACGGAACUCCUUACGAAGGAGGUGUGUGGCGCGUUCGCGUCGACCUUCCGGACAAAUACCCUUUCAAGUCGCCGUCGAUCGGCUUCAUGAACAAGAUCUUCCACCCGAAUAUCGACGAAGCCUCUGGUACCGUAUGCCUGGAUGUCAUCAACCAAGCGUGGACAGCACUUUUUGACCUCGCCAACAUAUUCGAAUCUUUCCUUCCUCAGCUGUUGGCCUACCCGAAUCCGACCGAUCCUCUUAACGGUGAUGCGGCUGCGCUUUACUUGCACAAACCCGAGGAGUUCAAGCGGAAAUGCAAAGGGAAAUGCUUCUUUUUACCCCAAAUUGAUGCUAAGCUAGCGGUUUUGAAAGCGGAUAGUCUUUGGUCCGAAACGUCAGUUGUGUGA